AGGAGCCUGCGUGUGUGAAGUCGGCGGCACUUCAUCACAGAGCGCACCGGAGCAGGAGGCGGACCGUCGGGCGUGGAGCGGAUAGUACAGUAGGUACCAGAGAGGCAGCAGAGACAACGAGAAAAACGAAGAGGACAAGGAUUGUCCGGUCCCCUUCAACUGGACCCAGCGCUGUCAUUCCCAUUCCGUCCCGAUCCUUCUCGUUUCGGGUCUCCUCCGUCGCGUCCGAGCCGCAAGCGCUUCCCCUCCUCGGAGAUGCCCAAGAACAGGCGAGCCGAGCCGGAGUCCCGGUCCAAACGUCAAGAUGCUCUGGGCACCGCAGCCCCUCAUUUCUCUGCGGAGUGUGUAGAAUAAUGGAGAAGGAUUAAAUCAAGUCCGAGAAGAGCAGAAGAUGUCGGUACCUUUGCUGAAGAUCGGGGUCGUGCUGAGCACCAUGGCGAUGAUCACCAACUGGAUGUCGCAGACCCUCCCCUCCCUGGUGGGGCUCAAUACCACCAGGCUCACGGCGGCGCAGGGAGGGUACCCAGACCGGAGCACAGGAGUGUUGCCAGCAAACCCAGAGGAGUCGUGGCAGGUGUACAGUUCCGCCCAGGAUAGCGAGGGGAGGUGUGUCUGCACUGUGGUGGCGCCCCAGCAGUCCAUGUGCUCACGGGAUGCACGCACCAAACAACUGAGGCAGCUGCUGGAGAAGGUCCAGAACAUGACCCAGUCCAUCCAGGUGCUAGACCAGCGUACCCAGAGGGACCUGCAGUACGUAGAGAAGAUGGAGGUCCAGCUUCGAGGUCUGGAGACCAAGUUCAGGCAGGUGGAGGAGAACCACAAGCAGAACAUUGCCAAGCAAUAUAAGGCCAUUAAAGCGAAAAUGGAGGAGCUUAGACCGUUGAUACCAGUGUUGGAGGAGUACAAAGCCGAUGCCAAAUUGGUAUUGCAGUUUAAGGAGGAGGUCCAGAAUCUGACGUCAGUUCUAAGCGAACUACAGGAGGAGAUGGGGGCCUAUGACUACGAGGAGCUCCACAACAGAGUGUCAAAUCUUGAGGAGAGACUCCGAGCAUGCAUGCAAAAAUUAGCAUGCGGCAAACUGACGGGCAUCAGUGAUCCCAUCACCAUUAAGACGUCUGGAUCCAGGUUUGGCUCCUGGAUGACCGACCCUCUAGCACCUGAAGGCGAUACUCGGGUCUGGUACAUGGAUGGUUACCAUAACAACCGCUUCGUGCGAGAGUACAAGUCUAUGCAUGACUUCAUGACAUCGGAUAACUUCACUUCCCACCGGCUGCCCCACCCGUGGUCGGGAACAGGUCAGGUGGUCUACAACGGUUCUAUCUACUUCAACAAAUUCCAGAGCCACGUCAUCAUCAAGUUCGACUUCCGCACCUCCUCCAUCAGCAAGUCCCGGCAGCUCGACUACGCUGGCUUUAACAACGCGUAUCACUACGCCUGGGGUGGUCACUCUGACAUCGACCUGAUGGUGGAUGAAGGAGGCCUGUGGGCCGUAUACGCAACUAACCAGAACGCCGGCAAUAUUGUCAUCAGCAAACUGAACCCCAACACUCUGCAGAUCAUCAAGAGUUGGACCACCAACCACCCCAAAAGGAGCGCUGGAGAGUCUUUUAUGAUCUGCGGUACACUCUACGUCACUAACGGCUACUCAGGAGGUACCAAAGUCUACUACGCCUACUCCACCAACUCCUCUACGUACGAGUACAUUGACAUUGCUUUCCAGAAUAAGUACUCGCACAUCUCCAUGCUGGAUUACAACCCACGGGACCGUGCGCUCUAUGCUUGGAACAAUGGUCACCAGGUCCUCUAUAACGUGACCCUGUUCCACGUCAUUCGCUCAGAGGAACUGUAAUGGAGAUGGAUUUAAUACAAAAAUGCGUAUUGUCUGUGUUGAAAUCUCAUUAUAUUCCAAAAUAUGUCUGCAACAUAACAGACUGUGGCGAGAACAUUUAUAAAACCCAGUAACUUCUGAGAGACUGCAUCGCCGUUGUAUGCAAAAUGGAUUGAAUGUGCAUAUGAAAAAAAUAUAUAUAUGAAAUUGAAGGGUUUCAUUCCAAAAUGUCAUUUAUUUAUCAUAAGAAAAAUCUAUACCAGUUAAUGUAACAAAAUCAGAGUGGAUUGUAAGAAAAAUAGUUAUUUUGUAAAUAAAGGUGUCGAUAUGACUUGAAUAGUUAGGUCUUUAGGUAUUAUACUGAUAGCUUCCAUAUUUUUUAUUUUGGAAUGAAACUCUUUAGCUGUUUGCUGUUUAGAAAAUGAUUGUAAAAGUAGAAUAUAUAUCAGAUGUAAAAGAAUAAGAACGGAUGCCAAAAAAAAAAGUUCGGUCAUCACGCCUUUUGUUUUUAUAUAUAAAGGAAUAUCAACGUAAGCUCAGACCUGCAGCUCCAGUUCUUCUGCAGAAAUCCUCCGCGGUGAACUCUUCAUGUGGUCUACGGGGGUCCUGAAACGAAGACUGUUAAUGAUAAACUGUUGGACCCCCGUGUCCCAUGGAUAACAGUGGGAGGUCAGUCCCGUCAAGGGGUGCGGUAGGCAGUCAAUCAUGUUGUUUUUAAUCAAGUAUGGUAGCAAAUCUAAAGUCUGUAGAAAAGCAACAACAUCCACGAAAAGACCUGAAGGCACUGACUGUUCAUAGUGCUUUUUAUUUAUGAAUUUUUUUAUCUAAUUUUCCUGUGUUGGUGACUACAUGUAAAAAUGAAUUUCUUUGCAUGGGUGUUUUUUCUUUUUUUUUUAAUCCCUCCAGUCUGCUCUUCUUAAAUGUAUUUUCCUGUACGUUAUAAAAAAAAAAAAAAAAAAAAAGUUUGGGUAUUCGGGUGGAAAAGAGCCCCUCUGGGAUUUGAGGAUUUGCAAGUUUAUUUACUUUCUUUCUGCUUCUUUCCAUUUUCUUAACAUGUAUUUCUAUUUGUUGUAUGUCAUUUUAUUUUUCAAAUGUUCUUGUAUUACUGUAACUGUUGGCACCAGUUCUGCCUCUCUAUACUCGUCUAUCUAGCUCACAUCUCUCUGAAAAAAAAGGAAGAAGAAAAAAACAGAAUGUAUGACGUAUCGUAUCCUGGAUAAAGGAACCCUGGUUCUUUUAUUUUCUAGUCACAUCAUGCGCCUCAAGUAGGGAGAAGUCUGUUUUUUGUGGCUAAUCCUGCCUCAUGUCAUGUAUCCCCACACUGCUAGUGAAGGAUAAUGUUUAAAUGUAUACCUUUUGCCGAGAACAAAAGCUUUUCACUCUUUUUGCGCUUUGCUGAAUAUGUGUUGUAUCUGAAAUGAGAUAGUUAAUGAUUCGUGUCAAUAAAACAGAGAAA